CUCUAAAUGACUAUCGUGUUCACUUGAACUAGUGUAGUCAUGUAGCUGAACUGAUAACAUUGGUCGCUAUCAAAGAUGAAAUAACUUACAUUGACGUUCAGAAAUGGCCUCAUGAAUAUUCUUUCAUCUACAAAUAAUCUUUUGAAAGGAUAAUUAUCACAGAUUUCAUAGAUUAAAACCACAUAUUUUACAUCAAAAUGUUCAUUUCCCAUAAAGUCGUAAAUGGAUGAAAUCGUUUACCACAAACUUUUUGUAAACGUUUUAGAAGUUAUUGGAUUUACACUGCACUAUCGACCUCGUAUCAUUUGACCUUCUAUCCAAAACGUUAAAGACUAGAGAUAUUGGACUUUGGAUAUGCGCGCGCCUAUUGAGUAUUGUGGUAUAUCUUCGGGACUGCUACAAUGUGGAAAUAAAUUAAACAUUCUUUUAACCCAUGUUACUUAAAUGAUGAGCUGCUUUCCGUACGGCCAUAGAGGUAGUGCCUCUUCUCAGUUUGACAGGUCCGAAGUAACACAGAAUUGGGUGAAUAAUCCUACACGUGGUACUGAUACUACAGGUGGCAGAACACCUGCACCACCUUUAAGGACAACAAGCGCACCUCUUGGAAGUUCCAUUGAAAAUAUAUCCUUUAAACCGAAUAAACCAUUACCACUUACACCAGUGGAAGAAGAAAAACGUGACAAAAAGAAAUACAAAAGUGGUACCAGUAAACUUGGAAAAUUCAAACCAUCUAUUAUGCUUAAUAUAUCAGCACCAGUCAAUGUUAUGCAUAAAGUACACAUUACAAUAGAUCCAGUUACUGGUGAAUUUGAGGGUAUGCCUCCAGAAUGGUCUCACAUGUUAACGGUAGCAGGCAUAACAAAAUGGGAACAGCAACAAAAUCCAACGGUUGUGUUAAAUGUGUUAAAUUUACUGAGUAGAAAAGAUGAUACUCCUCAAAAAUAUAUGACAAGUAUUAUAGGACCACCAAGUGCAUUGGAUCUGUCGUCAGCUGAUCAAAUUAACAGUUCAAAUGAUUCAAAUAUUAGUCAAGCACUUUCAUUACCAGCAUCAAGUUGUACUAAAUGUUGUACACCGGAUACAGAACGUGUUACCUCAUUAACUAGAAUAUCAUGUUCAGUUGAUGUAGGACCAAGAAGUAGCAGUUUAAGCAGUGGUCGUGGCAGUAGUGAAGGUAUUGGAAGUCGUAGUGGAAGUGGUAGUGGUGGUGCUGUUAGUCGAAGUAGUAGUAGCGGUCAUGGAGGUGUUGGUGGUUCCAGUGGUAUCCAAAUGUCUGGAGUGGUUCUUAGUCCUUCUGGUAGUUCCAAUGUAGCUAUUCCUCCGUCAAGUAGUUACUGUAGUUCAGGUAGUAGUUAUUCUUCAAGUACAGGAAGUGGGCCAGCACCACCAGCCGUCAUCAAUGGAGUUGAACUUAUACCUGCACCGCUUCUUCCGCACAAAUUAUCAUUUAGUCCUUCAGGUCAAGCGUUAAAUUACUCCACAAUAUCUAAUCCAUCUAUGGAUAGCGCAGCUAACACAACUAUUCUUAAUUCGAUAUAUGAUUCCCAAGCAAUUCAUCAAUCUUCGCUUACCUUACCUCCAUUAGCCCCAGCAAUUCAUAAUCAUCCAUGCAUUGUUGGAAACACUACUUGUACACCUGGUUCUUAUCAACAUCAUCAUCAUACUAAUAUGGCAUCUCAUCGAGGGGCUACUGAAUCCGGGAUCCAUUCAGAUCAUGAAAUAAUAUCAGUAACUAUGGGCUCAUGUACUAAUUUUAACACUGUCACUAGCGUCAAUAGUCGUUCUAUUCCGCCCCAUCCUUCUCCUUAUGUUAUGCAACCAACUUCAUCAUCAUUGUCUUCCAGACAAUCCCAUCUAGAUUAUACCAACCAAACUAAUCAAAAAACUCCCUGUCGUCCUCAAAUUCAUUCACAUUUAAAUAAUCCACCACCCCCUUUAUCACCUGGUCUACCAAGGCGAUUCGCUGAUGGCAUUCUACCACCUCCUGAUAUUUCUAACAAUACAACUAUCCAAUAUUGUUCUUCAGGUCAAUCAUCCCCAUCUCCAGCAGGAUCUGCAACUCCGGUACCUACACCAAGACGUGAAUCACUUGCUGGUACACCAUCAUGUCAACGAACAGUUUUACCUAUAAAUACUAAUAAUAAUAAUAAUGUUAUUAUUGUCAAUAGUAGUGGUGUACAUCCACCACCAAUUGCUACACGUCCAGAAAAAACAAAAUCCAUAUAUACUCAACCGAUUGGUGGAGGAGAUAUCAAUUCAACCACCCAAUCAUUCAAUAAUAGUGAUGAUUCAUCUACAAGUAUUCAUUCAACAUCAUUACAACUCCCUGAUGUUUAUUUACAAUCGGUGAAUCCUAAUUUAACAGUGAAAAAAUCUAAUUCUUAUGAAUUCGAUGAUGAAUCUUCAACAAUGGUGUUAACUACCAAUACACCUACUAUCCCUACUAUUGUAAAUGAUCAUAUUGAUAAAAGUAUAAAUGAUCAGUUAGAUUUCUUAAAUACAAAUUCUAUCUGUACAACUAUGAUCCCUUCUACUACUAAUAAUAGUAGUAUUCUAUCAACAAUGUGUAAUACUAUAAAUACGCUAAUAUCCAUGACAUCAUCAACAACAGUACCCAUGACUAAUCUUUCCUCUACACAUAAUCAUUCUCUUACUUGUAAUCAACAUCAUUUCCAUAAUGCUACUACUACUACUACUACUAAUACUUCAACUACAACAUGUACAGUUAAAUCAAUAAAUCAUCAACAAAUCUCAUCGAAUAAUACUAUGAUCAUUAAUCCUAUCGACAAUAAUAAUCAUCAGCAGCAUCAACAGCAUCAUCAUCAUCAUAGUAAUAAUGAUAAUAAUCAUACAAUUGGUACAUUAGAACGUAAUAAUUUAAAUAAAAAAUGUAAAUCUAAAAUGACUGAUGAAAUGAUACAAGAAAAACUUCGAAUGAUUGUUAGUAUUGGUGAUCCAAAUAGAAAAUAUCAAAGAUUAGAAAAAAUUGGUCAAGGAGCAUCUGGUGUUGUUUACAGUGGUAUUGAAUCAUCAACUGGACGUCGUGUUGCAAUCAAACAAAUGAAUUUAAAAAAACAACCUAAAAAAGAAUUAAUUGUUAAUGAAAUUUAUGUUAUGAAAGUGAAAAAACAUCCAAAUGUUGUUAAUUAUUUAGAUAGUUAUCUUGUUGGUGAUGAAUUAUGGGUUGUUAUGGAAUAUUUAGAUGGUGGUUCAUUAACAGAAGUUGUUACGGAAACAUUAAUGGAUGAAGGACAAAUUGCAGCUGUAUGUAGAGAGUGUUUACAAGCAUUGGAAUUUCUACAUAAAAAUCAAGUGAUUCAUCGUGAUAUUAAAUCAGAUAAUAUUUUAUUAGGAUUAGAUGGUUCAGUUAAAUUAACUGAUUUUGGUUUUUGUGCACAACUUAGUCCAGAACAAACAAAACGUUCUACAAUGGUUGGUACACCAUAUUGGAUGGCACCAGAAGUAGUAACAAGAAAACAAUAUGGACCUAAAGUUGAUAUAUGGUCACUUGGUAUUAUGGCUAUUGAAAUGAUUGAUGGUGAACCACCGUAUUUAAAUGAAAAUCCUGUUCGUGCACUUUAUUUAAUUGGUACAAAUGGUAAACCAGAGAUUAAAGAACGUGAUAAAUUAAGUGCAGAAUUUCUAGAUUUCUUAGAUCGAUGCCUUGAAGUUAAUGUAGAUUUACGUGCAUCUGCAUUUGAACUACUUAAGCAUCCUUUUAUUGUACGACGUUCGAAACCGUUGUCAUCUUUAACACCAUUGAUUUUAGUCGCUCGGGAUCAAGCUAGAAAUCAAACACAAUAAUUCAAUAAAGAAUAGAAGAGUAUCAUGAAUGUAAAAUACAAGAAUUUCAACUACUCCUGAUGAUUAUUCAUUAAUCUAUCCCACUAUCAAUAUCCAAAUCAUCUUCUGUGUAUUAAUUCUUCCAUUCAUCUAUCCUUCUAAUGACUACUACUACAUACACACACAUACAUCUAUCUCCCAACUCCUUAACCCGCCACCUCCUCAAUCAUUACACUGUUAAUCAUUCAUCCAAUCAAUUAAACAUAAUUUGUUUCCGUUUGGGGGGAGGAGGUAACGAAUCAUAUUUUACAGAUAGAUGAUUGCUUUUUUUUAUACUUUAAAUUGAGUAUUGAACAAUCAAUAUAAACAACCACCACCACCAUAGCAACAACAACAGAAAAUGUAAAAAUUUUCAUGUUUAUCCCCCUCAUAUUAUGUUCUAUUGUAAAGUAUACCUUUGUAUAAUCAUAAUUAAUUAAUUAUAUGAAAUAAAUAAUGAGACAAUUUACAUUAUCCAUUGAAAUAGGGAAACCCUUUCGGAAUGAUGAUGAUGAUGGUGGGAUAUACUCCCCUUAUAAACACACACACACAUACAUGCAUAGAAACAGGGAAUAUAAAUGAAUCAUUAUCAUUUUAAAUAUAUAACAAUCCUUUACAGAUUCUCUUCUCACUUUCUUUUUUUUUUUAGAUCCCAUUGAAUACAUGUCUUCCUGAACAUGUUCAGAAGUACCUAUUUGUGUAUGUGUGUAUGUGUGUGCUCAUAAAUUGGUGUACAAUAGAAUUAAUUCCUGUCGUUGUUGUUGUUGCUGGCUGUUUUCUUUUUCAUUUUUGUGGUUUUAUUCUCUUCUUUUAAAAAUAAAAAAAAAACUUAUUGAAUUGCUCAUACCAAAAACAAAAAAAUUUUUUUUGUUUUUAAUAUUCUGUUACUAUGCUGUAUGUACACAUCGAAACUAUAUACAUAAUUUAUAUAUAUAAUUAUGCAAUAAUCUAAUAUUUGACAAAAUUCAUACCCUUUUAACAUUCAAUUUUGUUUUUAUGAUCAAUUGACAUAGUAACAAAAUGUCUUCUUUUCUCUUGUGUAUGGGGUGUGUGUACACUCUGAACUACUUAUAGAAACAUCGAUACAUGUGUGUAUAUAUAUAUAUACAUGCACAUUUGCACACCACAAUAUCCAUUCUUUGUAAAACUCCAUUAUUUUUUCUUUGGUUUUUCUUGGGGGGGGGUAUUUUCUCUUUGGAGAUUGGAUCUAUACAAUUACUCAUUACACUAUAUAUAUUACUCUCAUUGAUGUGUAUUCACGGUAUAAUAUAAUGCAAAUCAUCACGAUGGUGAUGACACUUAUUGUCAAGAGGGAAACUACUUUUACCAUGGUUAAAGUAAUUCAAUCAUUGUUUUUCAUAAUGACAUAAUAUAUUCCUAUAAAUAGUAAUCGCUACUUUUAUCCCCAUCGUUUAUUUAAUUGUCUAUUUUAGAGAUAGAGAGCGCGAGCCAGAGAGAGGUAUGCGUAAUGUACACAUGUGUGUGUGUGUGUGAUUUUUGGUUUUUUCUCAAUUCCUGUGAUGUAUGUGUGUUGGGGGAGGUGUAUGUGUUUGUGUGUGUGGGUGUAUGUGAAAAAGUAGCAAAAGAAUUCUAUACUAUCUUCAUAAUUUCGUUUUGUUUAAAAAAAAUAAUCUGUUUGUUUGUUUUUGUUUCCUUCUUUUUUGGUCUUUUUUUUGUGUUGACCUUGGAGACUAAUUGAUUUUUUUUUUAAAUUUUUAUCUAAAUAUAUAAGUAAACAAAAAGAAAACAAUAUUGAUAUAAUCAUUACUCAUGAUUGUUACUAUGUGAUGUAUAUUCAUUACUUGAGAACUAGGGAUAGAUAACUUUUGUUUUUUCCCCCAAUCAAUUCUUAAAAUGAUAAUCCACUCAACAAUGUUUAUAAUGAUAAUAAUAAUAAUAAUACGUGGAACUUCGACUGAUU